AUGGAAGGCCGUCCGAAUAUUUCUGAAUAUUACCGGAACAAGAAUAUUUUAGUCACCGGAGGUUCCGGUUUCGUAGGAAGUGUUUUAUUGGAAUCUCUAUUGAGGGCAAGUGACGUCGGCAAUAUAUACAUACUUAUCAGGGAUGGACCCAAGGGUCAAUCGCCUGCCAAUAGGCUCAAAAGGAUGCUGGAAAAAGAGCUAUUCUUUAGACAAACUGAAGAAUCAUUGCAAAAAUUGGUAGCAGUAAGAGGUGAUAUUUGCGAGCCAGGUCUUGGACUGAAUAACUCAGAUCGAGAAUUAUUAUUAAAAUCUGUUAAUAUUGUAUUCCACUGCGCUGCCACAAUUAACUUCAAUGCAAAUCUGGAUGCCGCAAUCAAAGCUAAUUUGCUUGGCACCAAAAUUUUGCUGGAUUUCUGCAAAAAGAUGACAAACAUUGAGUCAUUUUUAUACCUAUCAACCGCUUUCUGUAAUUCACCAGAGAAGGGAACAGUAUUGGAGAAAAUAUACCCAGCGGCCGCGUCUCCUAAUACGGUUUUGAAAAUUUUGGAAAAUGUGCUGGAAACUUCAGAGAAAAACGGAUAUCACGAAACGGAAGUGAACGCUAAUGGACCUGUUGUCAAGAAACCUGCCAAAAACAGUAAUGGAAAAAUGUCUGAAGAAGAAUUAAAACUAUUGGAGCGCGAUAUAGAAAAAGUUGUUAGAGAAACUGGAGUUUUUGACCCAAGCAAAGGAAGUCCAUCACCAACUUGGGAUAUGGUACCACAUCUUGGAGGACAUCCAAAUGCCUACACAUUCACCAAGCAAUUGGCCGAAGCACUUUUAUUAGAAGAAAAUUUGAAAUUUCCUAUAGUAGUUGUCAGACCAAGUAUUGUAUUAGGCACACUUAAAACUCCGUUCUCAGGAUGGAUCGACAAUAUUAACAGUGGUGUUUGCGGAUUUUUAGCCGGUUGCACCAAGGGUAUUUUUCGAACAGUUUUGGCUUCUGGUGAUAAAGUAUCUGAUAUAAUACCAUGUGAUUUUGUAGUCAACAUGUGCAUUGCUUCUGCCUACAAAUCUGCUGUUACUAAAACUCCUGUUGAAGUUUAUCAUUGCACUUCUGGUAAUAUAUUUGUAAUAAAUAAUGAUAAUAAUCCGUCUUUGAGUACUGGUUCCACAAAUCCAAUAACUUACGAAAGGUACAUAGAACUAGUCGUGAGGGCUGUCAAAAAAUUCCCGAGUAAAGAAUUGUUCUGGUAUCCUGAUGCCAGGAUAAGAUCAAACAAUAUUCAUUCUAGGAUUAAUUUGAUUUUGUGCCACGCAAUUCCUGCUCGAUUGGUCAGAGGUGUCGAGAAGAUUCUUGGGAGAAAUCUAACAGAACCUCAUAUGGUGAUUGUUCAGGGCAAAUAUGACCGUGGAAUGAAUCGUACCAGGGCAUUCACCUUCAGAAAUUUUGAUUUUAAGUACGAAAAUGGUACAAAAUUGGAAGAAUUUUUGACUCCUGAAGAUAGAGAAACGUAUUCGUUUGAUCCUAAAGAGAUUUAUUGGCCACGUAUUAUUGAACAAUGUGCCAGAGGCGUUCGAGACUAUUUCUUCAGGGAAAGAUGUGAUGGUGGCGAUGGAUUGAGAAGAGCUUUGGUGGUACACACAUUGUUCUACGUGUUCUUCUUCUUUGCCAUGAAGGCGUUGUGCGUCUAUCUUUUAGGAACUUUAGGUUUAGAAAUUUCUGAUUGGCUGCUUUUUGGAUUAGCUGGAAUUUUGACUUUGGCUUAUCAUGAACUCUGA